CCGCCCAAGGAGAGGGCGACCUUCUUUUCCCACGAGCCUCUGCGCGAGCAACCUUCUCCCGGCAUCCCUUGCGAGCGGAGGAGCAGGGAGGCGCUGCAGCGGCUUCAAGAUGGCGGACCGACCCGGUAAGCGCUUUUGGAGGGAGGGAGACGCCAAGGUGACCCGGCUCCUGUCAGGGCUAGGGCGGUGCUGGGAUUAAUUUACUCCCAUUUCCCGGAGAAGAAGCGCCCCGCUGUUCUGUGGAAGGAGAAAGAAGCGCCUUCUGAGAAAGAGACGCCCUUCUCAAUGUAGCCCUGGGUAGAAGCGCCAGGCCGCUGCUCUUCAUUGCUGGGGUUCGCCCUUGAGACCACUGUUUCUCUUUGUUGCCCCCCAACAGCUCUCCUUUGCACUUGUGUGUCAGUGUCAGGCAGAAGUUCGGCAGACAAAGCUUCGAACGCCCCUGCCCCCCACCCCAUAAGAAUAACCUAGUGCAGGCACGUUCAACUCCCAAGAGACUGCGAUCUACUCCCAGUAUUUAAAAAGGGGCAGUUUUUUAAUACUGGGAGUAUACAACCCAUUGGAGGGAGGGGGAGCAUGCGUGGGGUGGGUGGAAAGAGUUGCUGAGCUUUUUAGGGAGAGGGUUGCCCAGAGAUGUCGAUUUGGGGGGGGGGGUUGGAGUUGACCUUUUUUUUAAAGGAGGGUUACAAGAAAUCGCUGACAAUCACACACAGCAAUAAAGCCACCUAUCGGCCGCCCACCUUCUUCCCCUACCCCACCGGCGGGGAGAAAAUAAAUGUCAACCCGACGCCCACGGAAAUAGGUCCUGUAGAUCACGGUCGACCGGUUGGACAUAUCUGAUCUAACGGAUCAUGGCCCACCUAUGCCAGCAUCCUGUUCUCACAGUGGCCAACCAGAUGCCUCUAUUGGGGAACCUGCAAGCAGGACCUGAGCACAGGAACAACUCUCCCUUCCUGCAGUUUCCAGUAACUGGUAUUGGGAAGUAUUUAUAGCCUCCAACUGAAGAGGCUGUGCCAUAGCUGUGAUGGCUAAAAGCCACCAAUAGCUUUCUUCUCCAUGAAUUUGCCUAUUCAUCUUUUGAAGAUGUCGGAAGUCUGUGGUCGCCUCCGAGGGGAGGUGUGGGGGAGAACCUUAUGUUACCACUUGUUCCUCCUCCUUGGCAUAGGGGUGGGUAAGUCAUAGCAGAUACCCACCCUCACAUUCUUUUUUUCCUCUUAGUUCCAGUAAAAGAUAUGAGGCUGCUGGAUGUAAAAGUGGGGCAGUUGCCAAACUGGUUAGCAACUCGAGAUUACACCCCAGCUGGGUUUGUUACGAGUAUCCGAGGAGGUGAGUGUCUGGGAAACAUCUGAUGUGGAGCAUAUGUUUGUGGCAGGAAUUGUAUGCAUGUGAUUGUCUUGCUGAAUAUUUAAUCUGUUCAACGCCAACAUUUUGUGUGCAGAUAACCAGGGUUUCAGAAGUCUCCUAUUAGGUUUAUGCCAAUACUGUUAUACCUGAGAAACACUGGCAGGAUUCAGUGUACAACAGAUCACACUUUCCAUUGAAAUACUCUUAAUUUGCCAACAUAAUAAAGGCUUGAUGGGGUUUGAAAAUCUAGUUGUGAUCCACCUUCAGAUUUUUAAUCCCACUUGAUGCAUUCACAGUGUGAUCCAAAUACAUACUUGGGAGUAUAUUUCUAUUGAAUUUGGUAGCAUAAGAGUAAAAAGACAUAGGAUUGAGCCACAAGUCUCCUCAGUCUUGCAGCCAGAUCCUUUGCAUUUCUACUCUUGACUAACUUCCACUGUGCUCAUUGGCACACUCAAAUAAAUGCACACAGAACUACAACCCUGAACAGGCAGUUUCUGGCCUUCGUUCCUACUUAUUUAAAGGACUUGUACACCAGCCUUCAGUUUAAAACAAGCAUAUACUAAAAACUGCAAAAUCAACAGGAGCAGCAUAAAAACAUACAGAGGCAGUGGCUGCUUAUGGAUAAAAAACCAGAGGGCUGUUACCCCAUGUAGAGCGGGCAGUAGUUCUGCAACAUCUCAAGCAGGUUUUUAUUUCCGAGUCCAGUUACUUGGACAGGAAGGAAUUGAACGCAAGGCCUUUUGCAAAACAUUUGUUCUUCUAGAGCUGCAGCUUUAACCUGAGUUCCCAGUCCCUUUCCCUUUGUUCUUAAGCUUAUGUCUUAAUGUAGCCAUUUUAAAGUGUUUAGAUAAACUAAAUGGUACAGCCUUGUUGUAAAAUCCUGAUUUUUGAUAAAUUUCCUACUUGGGCUAUAAGCCAAAGUACACUAGCUAGAAAGGUAGGUCUCAUUGAGGCCACUGAGUUCAAUGGAACUAAACAACAGGCUGCAAAAGUAGUGAUCUUGGGCUGAAGACUUCAUUUCCUUAUUCUGUUAGCUUUUUAGUGUAGCUGUCACUUAUCACUACUAGGUGUUCCUCUGCUAUCUGUAUGGCUAAGACUACGCUCCUUUUUCACUAGGCUAUGACAGAUUUGUCAAAAAGUACAUUGAUGUGAAGAAACCAGGCAUUGGUGGCGUCGCCAUGAUGCUAACUGCCUAUGUGGUUCUCAGCUACAUGUGGAGCUUCGACCAUAUAAGUGAGUAAAACUUUCAUUCUGUAUACCUAAAAAGCAGCAGUAAAUACAGUACAGUUGCAUCUUUCGCACAUUUAUCUUGCACGAUUUCAACUUUACAUGAUAAAUGCAUACAAAGCAGAGAUCUUUUAACCUCCCUCCCUUGCUUACUGGGCAAGCCCUGCUCAGCAGGCAGGCUCUGGGGUGCUCUUGCAAGAUACUGUGGGGCCAUCCCAGGUUCCCACAAGAACUUGCAUGACCACCCUUAGGCUUCCAGAGCCAACAUGAUGUGAUGGCCUUGCUUGGGGGACAAGGCCCACUCAGUGCUCUGGCUCUGGAAAUGUAAGGACACUAAUGGGUGGUUCAAGUAUAGCAGUUUUUGCGUAUAUGUACCUUCCCUGCGUAAGAUGCGAUUGUACUGUAAGUCCUCUGAGAGGAGAAUUCUUAAUGCUUUUAGGGAAAGGCAUGUGUGCUGUUGAUUUUCUGCUUGUGCUUCAUGCCCCGACCUAUGGUGGAUUGCAUCAGUUGCACUCUCUCUCUUCCUUUUGGAACUACUAAAGUUUCUUGGGAUACCUAAAUUGAACUUACAUGGCCAAAGUAUAGCUCUUAGUACUUGUCCUGGAGAAAUGGGGAGGUUGUGUUCAUGGGAAAUUUGUAAAUUUCCCAGAUACAUAUAGCUGCUUACUGUUGGGAACCUGAAUGUUUAAUUGGAUGCCAUGUUGCUGUCAGGCGUUAGGUAAAACCCAUUUCCCCCAGGUAUUUGGUUAAUGAUCGUAUACAGUAUGUCAUUGUUUAGCUUUGUCAUGGUAAUUAGAAGCUGUUUUGAACACACAUGGAAAUAUGGGACAAACCUUUUAAAUGAAGAUGCACUUCCAUAUACUAAUAUCCAAAAGACUGCAACUGUUUGUUUUGGCUAUUCAGAGCAUGAUCGCUGGAGGAAGUAUCACUGAAGCUUGAUGGACCAGAAGAAUACAAGCUGCCAUACUGCGACUCGUAGUGAGUUUGCUUCAACUGAAUGCAGAUUGGCUCUUACCUUCUAGACUCAAAAGUGUAUUCUGUGACCAAUAAUAAAAUAUCUACUUUCCUUGUGACUGAUGGAACUAAUUUGAUCACUGCAAAGUAACAAACCAACUGAUCCCACAGCGGGCACGGGGGGUUUACAUUAAGUUGGUGCUUGAAGGGAUUGGUAACCACAGCCCAUGAGUGAAUAAUUGCCUGAAGUUGUAAGGAGAAGGAGUAAAGAGCAUUAGACAUAGUCAGUGCUAUUAACAAAAUCUAGAGACUAUAUGACAUCCUUGGAACUUACUCAAGUCUGCAGAGUAAUUUAGUUCAGGUGACUGAAGCUGUGUGCAUUUUAGAGGUAGGCUCAGUCUGGCCCUAGCAACAAAACCAAAGUGAAAUAGUAUAGCUUCUUUCCUUUGGUUUCUCUAAUAAGGGACAUUUAAUGCUCUUGUUUUGCAGCAGGAAGAUUCCUUAGUAACUCCUUAGUAAAAUUGAAACCACUGUUCCUGCUAUAUAACUGCUCAGUCUACAAGAUAACCUUAUGCACUUGGUAGUUUUUAAAAAUCAAUUAAAUAUCCUGAUUUAUGUUGUGAUGCAGGACCUCAGUUAGUUCUUCCCAAGCAUGUGCUCCUUUUCUGUUCCCCAAAGUCACACUUCAUAAAUUAAUAUCAAAGUAUUUCCCUUUAAAAUAGGAAAUAAAUACUUAAAGAUAGUUUGGGCAACUCUUGAUAAUGUGCCAGAAUUGUAUGACAAAUUUCAGAAAGUGCAGAUUCUACCAUCAAAAAUCAAGUAUAGUUCUGUUGUAGGAUUGUGGAAAGGUGCUUCUGAAAAGGUACAUAUAAUCUUCAUGUAACAUGAGUUUAAACACACACGUGUCCCUCUACUUCCAACUAUGAAUGCAUAAUAAACUUUGCUUUUCAACUCUGACUAAUCAGUUAAAGGGACAUGAGCUGUGUAGCUUUGUGACUUCAUCUUGGCUAGAGAGGCAAGGACAUUCUACUGGACUUCAGCAUAAUGCCAACUCCUUCCCCCUCCCCAUGACAUACCAAUAACCCUUGGACCAAACACUUUACAAGGAAGGCAUCAGUGUAGAUUUUAAGCAUGUGCAGAACACAGCAAAGCUGUGCAACUCAUGACAUCUCAUGAGCUAAUUCCCACCUUCCACCCAUAGCCAAGGACUGCUGAAAAAAUGAAAGACUUCCAAGCCAAGGAUACUGGAACAAGGAGUGCCUAUUCCAAAUAUUCUAUUUCGGAAGAAGGCUUGUGUAUUAAGCUUUUCUUCAGCCUGCUUCCCAGCUGGGCAGUCUGAAUAAAGGCAGGCACCACUUAUGUUCUAAGACGU